AUGGAACAAAAAAGUGGAAAAGAGGUACCGGAAGCUGUGUUUGAAAAUGGAAUUUGGAAAGGAACAAAAAUUAAUUUUCCAGAAGGGUAUCAUCGAAUUGGAAAAAGAAUUCUUGCACAAUUAAGAAAAUAUCCUGAUUUUAUAGGACAGAUUGAUGGUGCGAGUGGAAAAAAAGACACUUAUCAAAUGAUGAGCGACAGAAGCAUCAGGUGUGCGUUAUGGCUCAAAAAACAGGGAAUAAAAACCGGAGAUGUAGUUGGUUUUUGUUCAAAAAACCAUUUAGACAGUUGCAUACCCUUCUUUGCUUCUUUUUUUAUGGGUGCAAUUUUCAAUCCUUGGUGGGACAGUUCUUUAGACGAAGAACUGGUUCUCUAUUUUUUGAAAACAGCAAACCCCAAAGUGUUGUUUAUCGAUGAAGAAUCUGCAGAAAUAAUAAUGAAAACACUCGAAAAAAAUAACUAUGCAUUGCCUGUUGUCGUUUUUGGACAAAAAACUGGUCUGUUAUUCUUUGAGGAUAUUUUAAAAGCUCAAAAUGAUGAACAAGUGACAACUUUUGAGUGUACCGAUACAGAAGCUGAAGAACCAGCGAUAAUAAUGUACACUUCGGGUACAACGAGUAAUCCCAAAGGAGCUUUGCACUCUAAUCGAUCAUUAGCUCAUAUAAUAUCCCAUUAUCCGACUGAUAACACUUCACAAAUUAUUCUGUGGUUUUCUACACUCUGCUGGAUAUCGGGAAUAAUGGUCACGUUGCGGUCGAUAUUUUACAAAUAUACUAUGAUAAAUUCUCAUCAUACAAGUGAAGAAGAUGCUUGUCGAUUCAUUGAAAAAUAUAAGGUUACUAGAAUAAUGAUGGGAACAAGUUUUGCCAACAGGUUUAGCAAGAGACCGAACGUUUGGAACUAUGAUUUAUCCUCGCUAAGUUUACUAAUGGUCGGCGGAGGAGUUCUAUCAAAAGAAAUAACUAAAUUUCUCCAUAAACUGUUCAAAAACGCUGAAAUUCACGUUCUUUAUGGUAGCACCGAAUUUGGAAUAACAGUAGUAACAGGACCCAAUUCACCUAAAGUGAUUGCUCCUAAAGGAUUAGUCUCCUGUGGAAGAGCGCUAGCUAAUGUGGAAAUAAAAAUCGUGGAUCCAGAAACAAACAAAAUUUUGGGUCCAAAUGAAGAAGGAGAGCUGUAUUGCAGAGCUCCAACACUAUUGACUUGCUAUUGGAAUAAUCCUUUGGCGACUGAAGAAGUUUUUGAUUCUAAUGGUUGGUUCUGCUCUGGAGAUUUGGGAUACUAUGACGAAGACGGCGAUAUUUUUAUUGUUGAAAGAAUAAAAGAGCUGAUAAAAUAUCGCCUACAUCAUGUGGCGCCAGCGGCUAUUGAAAAUGUGAUACAAGAGUUACCAGGUGUCGCUGAAGUAGCUGUUGUUGCAAAACCUAACCUUGAAGAUCUAGAACAACCUAUGGCUUUUGUUACUAGAGUUCCUGGAAUGGAAAUAACUGAGAAUGAAAUUCAUGAAGCUGUAGAAAAAAAACUACAUGACAAAAUGAAACUUCGAGGCGGUAUUUGUUUUCUCGACAAAAUGCCUUACACAACAUCAAAGAAGAUUGCAAAAAAAGAACUCCGCAGGAUGGCUAAAGCUCUAAUUCCCGAACCAACUUAUGAAAAUGGAAUUUGGAAAGGCGGGAAAGUUGAAAUGCCCGACGGAUACUACAAAAUUGGUGAAAGGAUACUUAAUCAGUUCAAAAAGUACCCAGAUUUCAUUGGACAGAUCGAUGGAACUACGGGAAGAAAAGACACUUAUACAGAUAUGGGCGAUAGAAGUAUAAGGUGCGCAUUGUGGCUCAAAAAACAAGGAGUCUCUCCUGGAGAUAUCGUUGGAGUUUGUUCAAAAAUCCAUUUGGACAGUUGCAUACCUGUUUAUGCUUCUUUUUACAUAGGAGCCAUCUUUAACCCUUGGUGGGAUAGUUGCUUAGACGAAGAACUCGUGGAGAAUUUAAUCGAAACGGCCCAGCCAAAAGUUUUAUUCAUCGACGAAAACUAUGCAGACGUAAUAAUUAAAACAAUAACUAAGAUGGGAUGUUCGUUACAAAUUGUAAUUUUUGGAAAAAAAAAUGGCUAUUUGUCUUUCGAGGAUGUACUAAAAACGCAAACUAAUGAAGAUGUAGAAAAAUUUGAGUGUACAAAAGUGGAACCGAAAGACCCAGUCUUUUUAGUUUACACUUCUGGAACGUUAGGUUUUCCAAAAGGGGUCUUGCACUCUUAUCAUUCUGUCGCUCAUAUGCUCAGAUAUUACGCGGAUGAUGACAUACCGUCGAUAGAUCUAUAUUUUUCUAGACUCUGCUGGAUAUCUGGGACUAGGACGGUAUUGAGGUCGAUAAUAUUUAAAGCUACCAUGAUUGUCACUCGACUAUGGAUGGGAACACCAAUAUUAAAUAGAUUCAUUAAAAUAAAAGGCAUAGAAAAGUACGAUCUAUCGUCAGUUAAACUGGUAUCUUACGGUGGUGCAGCGGCCAAUGGACAAACUAUAAGAAUGUUACCAAGAUUGUUCAAGAACGCGGAUUUUUCUGCUCGUUACGGUGCUACCGAAGUUGGUACCGCGACAAUUGGGUCAACAAGAUCUGAUAAAUUUGACUCUUGCGGAAAAGUAUUUUUUAACGUAGAAAUCAAAGUUAUUGAUCCAGUUACUAAUAAGAUUUUGGGUCCAAAUGAAAAAGGGGAACUCUGCAUCCUAAGUCCGAAAUUAAUGAUUGAUUACUGGAAAAAUCCAGCGAAAAUUGAAGAAAUCGUCGAUUCAGAUGGAUGGUACCACAGCGGAGAUUUGGGAUAUCAUGACAAAGCCGGGGUUUUCUUCAUUGAAACCAGAAUUAAAGAUUCUAUAAGGUGUUACUUAUUUGAUGUAAUACCGAGAGCUGUUGAAAACGUGAUAGAAGGGUGUCCAGGAGUUGCAGAAGUAGCCGUCGUUGCUAAGCCAAGCUUUGAACAUUACCAAGUUCCAAUGGCUUUUGUCACAAAAAUUCCCGGAAUGCAUAUUACGGAGAAGGAAAUAAUCGAAUUUGUAGAAAAGAAUCUAUCAAACGAAGUUAGACUUUUAGGCGGUGUUUGUUUUUUAGAUAAAAUGCCAUGUACACCUUCAAGAAAAAUUGCUAAGCAUCGACUUUACGCUAUGGCGAGAACUAUUUCGAAGCAGCAAACUCGAGAAAUACCAAAGCCGGUUUGUGUGGAUAGAAUUUGGAAAGGUUUUAAAGUAAGUUUGCCAGAAGGAUUUUUUAAAAUUGGUGAAAAAAUUUACACUCAGUUUAAAAAGUUUCCUGAUUUCGUUGCACAGGAGCCAUUUUCAAUCCCUGACCUUGUAAUGUAUUUUGUAAAAACGACUAACCCAAAAGUUUUAUUCUGCGACGAAGACAACGCAGAAAUAAUAAUAAAAGCGCUAAAAACAAUGGAAAGUUCUCUGCCAGUAGUCUUCUUCAGCGAAAAAUUCAACAUGCCUUUCCAAGACAUUCUAAAAGCUCCAAGCGCUGAAGAAGUAAAUAAAUUUGAAUGCACCAAGAUAGAAGCCAAGGACCCGAUGAUUAUUCUUUACACCUCGGGAACAAUGAGCUACCCCAAGGGAGCUUUGCACACUUAUCAAUCAUUCGUUAGUAUGAUAAGUUACUACCCGCCUGACACUACGCCGCAAAUUGUUCUCUGGUUUUCCGGGCUUUGCUGGAUGUCAGGGCUACUAACAGUCUUACGGUCAAUUAUCGCCAAAGCCACCAUGAUUGUUUAUCAUAAUUUGAGCGAAGAAGACGCCUGCAGACUAGUUGAAAAAUAUAAGGUUACGAGGAUGUCCAUGGGAGCGAGCACAGCUAACAGGCUUAGCAAAACAAAAGAAGCCUGGAAGUAUGAUGUGUCUUCUUUGAAGAUUGUGAGUUAUGGAGGAGGAAUUGCUACCAAAGAGGUCAUUGAAGCUUUGAAAAAUUUAAUCAUGGGACCAAAUGAACAAGGCGAGUUGUGUUGCAGAACUCUGAUGCUAAUGACUCGCUAUUGGAAUAACCCAACAGCUACUGAAGAAGUUAUUGACUCUGAAGGAUGGUACCACACUGGAGAUUUGGGAUACUAUGACGAAGACGGCGAUUUUUUCAUUGUUGAAAGAAUAAAAGAGCUGAUAAAAUAUCGCCUUCAUCAUGUGGCACCAGCGGCCAUUGAAAAUGUGAUACAAGAGCUUCCAGGGGUCGCUGAAGUAGCUGUUGUUGCAAAACCAAGUCUUGAAGAUCUAGAACUUCCAAUGGCUUUUGUAACCAGAGUUCCUGGGAUGCAGGUUACCGAGACUGAAAUUCAUGAGGCUGUAGAAAAAAAUUUACAGGAUAGAAUGAAACUCCGCGGUGGUAUUUGUUUCUUAGACAAGAUGCCUUAUACGACUUCAAAGAAAAUUUCUAAAAGAGAACUUCGAGCGAUGGCAAAAGAUAUGGUGAAGAAAGCAUGA